UUCAGUAUCCAUUUGUGGUUUCACUGGAACGAUGGCGAUUCAGCUCUACGGGCUAUGGCAUCCGAAAUCUCCGGCAAUCGGGGAGCAGUUUCUUCAAAUUCGGAGCCGACGCUCGACUGCGGCUGUCACAUCGGCCUCUCCGCUUUCAACUCCGGCAACCAUUCAGAUUGUUGAUGGAAAAAAUGCGGGGUGGCAUUCGAAUCUGGGUUCCAGUUCAGGUCAUGUAUCUGAUGUCAACGGCGGAGAGAAUUAUUGGCUUGAUCUUGAUGCCGAUCUUCAUUAUUGGACAAGGGCACUGCGCCCUGUUCAGUGGUAUCCUGGUCAUAUUGCCAAAACAGAGAAAGAACUCAAAGAACAAUUGAAAUUGAUGGAUGCUGUGAUAGAGGUGCGAGAUGCGAGGAUUCCUUUGUCCACAAGUCAUCCACAGAUGGAUUCUUGGCUUGGCAAUAGAAAACGCAUUUUAGUUUUGAAUAGAGAAGAUAUGAUAUCCGCUGAAGAUCGGAAUGCUUGGGCAACUUAUUUUUCAAGUCAAGGAAUGAAGGUUAUCUUCUCCAAUGGGCAACUUGGGAUGGGCACCAUGAAAUUGAGUAGGUUAGCCAAGGAAUCUGCAGCUGGUGUGAAUGUUAAACGUAGAGCAAAAGGAUUACUUCCUCGUCCGGUUCGAGCUGGAAUGGUUGGGUAUCCAAAUGUUGGUAAGUCAUCUUUGAUAAACCGGUUGCUGAAGCGCCGGAUGUGUCCAGCGGCUCCAAGACCAGGUGUUACAAGAGAAUUGAGAUGGGUUCGAUUUGGGAAAGAUCUGGAGUUGCUGGAUUCCCCUGGUAUGCUCCCAAUGCGGAUAGAUGACCAGUCGUCGGCAAUAAAGCUUGCCAUAUGUGAUGAUAUAGGAGAGAGAUCCUAUGAUGUUGCUGAUGUUGCAGCUAUUCUUGUACAACUACUUUCAAGGAUUCCUGCUGUUGGCACAGAAGCCAUUGGCAACCGGUACAGGAUUGACGCAAGCGAUUGCUGUGGUAAAACGUUUAUCGAGAAACUAGCGGGGCAACUGUUCAACGGAGACACCAAUCAAGCAGCAUUUCGCGUCUUGUCUGACUUCCGGAAGGGGAAAUUUGGAUGGGUUGCGCUGGAAAGGCCGCCCCCGACCAGAUAGAAUGCGCCCUAUCUCUGGUCCUAGUAUUUUAUUUUCUUUGUUUUGAGCUCUUCAGCAAUGGCUAUUGGUGAACAUAAUAGAUGGUUUAAAACCCCUACAAGGAUUUGGUGCCACUGUACUAGAGCAAGCUACUAAUUCAACACAAUUUGCUACUUGGGAUUGUAUAUAGAACCAGUGUUCUUGAGGCCUUCAUAUAUAGUCUAAUUUAUACUAUAUAUAGAUAAUAGAUAUUGAUAUAGAUAUGGCUCAUGUGUUGAUUUUUUGG